AUGGCUCGAGCUAGGCCACAGUCACCAUCCGGCGAUUCCGACGAGGAGUCUUCGUCUGACAGUGACGAAAAUGACAGUGAUGACGAAACGGAUGAUGGUGAUGACCAGGAGGACGAUAAAGGGAAAUCAAACAAGGAGCAAAACGAUGAGGAUCCGUUUCCUGCCGAGGACGAAUGGAUCACGGAGCAGAAUUUUGACCAAAAGGCUAUGAACAACUUUGGGUUGGGCAACAGCUUUAUAUCCGAACAAACGGAACAGACAAUCGAUCCGACCACCGGAUGCCCAGUUCCUCCACCACCGCCAGUAGUCGCUUGUCUAACCACAGAUUUCGCAAUGCAAAAUGUCCUUUUUCACUUGGGAUUGGAUUUGGUCAGUAUGAACGGGAUGCGCAUCACUCGACCACGAACCUAUUUGCUCUGGUGUGGCUCUUGUUUUCGACCAACUAAACGAACAGAUACGUAUUUCUGUCCGUUCUGUGCCCAGGCAAAUCUCCGACGUAUCCCGGUCACGUUACAUCCGGACGGGAAUUUGGAAUUUCAUUUCUCUCGUCGGUUUGUGAAAUCGUUACGAGGCCUGCAGGUAGGUGAAUUCCGGGCGAACUAA